UGUAUUUUAACAAUUUUCAAUGAAUGAUCGACCCGGAAGUUAAACAUAGAUUUGAACGCAGAUCCUGUAUGUUGUCAACAACACUGGGGCCUGUGGCUCCUCUCAUCUUCAAACAAGAUGGAGCAACAUCAUGGGAUCACGAAAGCCUUCCCCAAAGUUAAAAGAGCCAAAGUGCUACAAGGAAGGGAUGCUCCCUCACAAAAGAAAUCAAAAGCAGACGAUUGUGAUGUUACAGGAAAUACUUUUAAAGGAGUGACGGCAUACCUUCUGUCUACUGGAAUUGGAAAUGCAAGAUGCCAGAUCUUCCAAAGACAGAUCCAGCAGUGGGGUGGGCAAUUGGAGAGUUCCCUGUGCCCCAGUGUCACCCAUGUGGUCGUGGAUGACGGCAUGGACAGCGACAGGGCUCUGCGCUUGCUGAAAGUGGAUUGUAUGCCCUCUGGUGUCCAUCUAGUGAAAUGCACUUGGUUGAGCAUGUGCAUCAGUGAGAAGAAACUACUGGAUGUAGACGACUACAGCCUUCUUUUGACCAAGAGGAGCUCAGAAGCAAGGCAUUCAAAAACAAAAAAGGAAUCGGCAAAUAUCACACCCACUGCAGAAGCUACCAUAGAACCAGUGACUAAUCAUGCCAAGCAAGAAAAAAACAUAAACAUGUCAAUCCCAGAGAGCAAAGAACAAGUGCGUGGAGAUGAAGACGGCGUCUCUCAGAAAGACCUGGAAGCUCUUAUUACUGGCCUGCAACCCAAAGAAGAGACUCAGACCACAAGCCUAAAUCCUGUUCCUGACGCCACUGCUGGUCAAACACCGGUCUCAGGGAAGUGGGUCUGUGCUCAGUCUUCUCAGUGCAAAACUAAUAACUUCAACAAACACAUCACUGACAAGCUUGAAAUGCUGGCAAAGGCCUACACACAUCAGGGGGACAAGUGGAGGGCACUGGGCUACGCCAAAGCUGUAAAUGCACUGAAGAGCUACCACAAACCUGUUGGAUCAUAUCAGGAAGCUUCCCAGAUCCCUGGAAUAGGAAAGCGCAUGGCCGACAAAAUUGAAGAGAUCAUGGAGAGUGGUCACUUGCGGAAGCUUGAUCACAUCGGAGAGGCUGUGCCAGUUUUGGAGCUUUUUACCAACAUCUGGGGCGCAGGAGCGAAAACUGCACAACUUUGGUACCAACAGGGAUUUCGGACUUUGGAAGACAUUUGCACAAAAGCCCACCUGAGCAACACUCAGAAAAUAGGACUGAAGCACUACGAUGACUUUCUUGACCGAAUGCCCAGAGAAGAAGCAGCAGCGAUCGAGAAAGUGGUGAGGGAUGCUGCCCUAUCCUUAGAUCCAGGCUUUGUGGCCAUGGCAUGUGGCUCCUACCGUCGGGGAAAGGCUACAUGCGGAGAUGUUGACGUGCUUAUAUCUCACCCUGAUGGCAAGUCCCACAAAGGCAUUUUCACCAAAGUGUUACAGAUCCUCCACGACACUGGCUUUUUGACAGAUGACCUGGUGAGCCACGAGGAGAAUGGAGAGCAAAAGAAAUACAUGGGUGUGUGCCAUUUGCCGGGACCCGGCCAGCGCCAUCGCAGGCUUGACAUCAUCGUAGUACCUUACGAUGAGUUCGCUAGCGCACUGAUGUAUUUCACCGGAUCAGCACACUUCAACCGCUCAAUGAGAGCCCUGGCAAAGACAAAGAAUAUGAGCUUAUCAGAGCACUCCCUGAACAAAGAUGUUGUGCGCCAAGGUAGCUUAAAAGUACAUGCUGGCACUCCACUUCUUACACCGACAGAGAAGGAUGUUUUUACGCUGUUAGGUAUACCGUACAGAGAGCCCCAUGAGAGGGACUGGUGAUGACUUGGUAAAGGUAAUUACAGGUAUGAUUUUAAAAGGAGAAAGAUGAUCAUGUUGAUAAUAGCGAGCCGUCUGAUAACAUCAACGACAAUGGCUGAGGAGUAGAUCUGGGGCAUAGUUCACAGAGUUACCACACACACACGCCGGCUCAAUGACAAAUAAAGCUAUUUCUAUUUCUUACUAUUUUCUAAUCAAUAAUGGAAAUACAUUCAUAUCCAAAUAACCUAUUCAAAAGAAACUGUCCUGUCCUGAAGAUCAUGUUUGACUUUUAUGUUAGUUAACAUUUUGCAAAGGAAAGGGCUGGGCUCCUUCUGAUUAAACAUUAUGACACUUUAGACCAAGUUGAAUUUCAAUUUAGAAAAAUUGGAAAAUUACAUUUUUAUUUUUGUACGGAUAUAUACCAGGAUACAUUUUUAAAAAGCAGUAAGAUAUUUCCAGAAAUGAAAUUAUGAAGUGUAAUUUCCAUAAAUCAUGAAAGACUGGUAGGAAAGGUUGCAGAGACAGAUAGUCCCUAACUCUCUAGGGACAUCUUAAGAUAUCUGCAGGGAUUAAAAAAAAAAAAAGUGAAUCAACUUUAUACUGUGAAGAGAUUUUGACACAGGAGGAUUCAAUUAAAUUUUAUUUAUAUAGCGUCUAAUACAACAAAAGUUGUCUCUAGACGCUUUCCAGAGACCCAGAACAUGACCCCCGAGCAAUCAUUACAUAAACAAUGGCAGGUAAAAACUCCCAUAAUGCAGAAAAACCUUAAUGGAUGCUUGAUGCAUGACAUAUUUUUCAUGAACUCUGACUUCUGAUAUUUUAAUAUAGUAAAUGCUCACUUGACUGUGCCAGAUGGGUUACUGGGUUGAGAAGGCGCCCCAUGAACAGAGCCCGCAGUCUGCAGUCUGCAGUCUGCACAGCUGGCUCCAGGUCUGAUUCCCAGUUCUUUGAUGAAUGCCUUCCCUCUCUCUGUGACCACUAUCAACAAAGACCAGUGGGGCCAAAAAAAUCUAAUAAAAACCAUAA